GUCUCCGGAGCCGCAUUAAAAUCACGCUGCGUGCCCGAAUAGGUGGCCGCUGUGUGCUCAAAGCACGUGUUGUUGCUUUGGUUUCAAUUGGCGAAGCGGUUGCGCAUCGCUGCGGAUCGCUACGCGUCGCGUACGCAGUGAGUGCACCUGGCCUGCGGCGCCUGCGGCACGGCAUAACGUAGCUGUGGAAUUUGUUGUGACAAUCCGUUAAAAUGUCGACCAGCGGCCCAGUAGAAGAUAAAGCAGACGCGCCAGCCGACGACGACGAUGACGCCGCGACCGUCGCCGCCGACGAUAGAAACGACAACGAAGCCGCCCGCGCCGCCGCCGCGACGGCCCUGUGGACGCGCUGCCUGGAGCAUGCAGGCACGAGCCCGCGGGACCAGAAAAUACCAACACACGUCGCCGUGCUGAAGGACAUCCAUGGUGCAGACUACUCGACUUUAUUGAAAUGCCCGCUCGACGACCGUUCUGAACAUCCCUACGGCCAGAAGGGCGAGCGGAAGCUCGCCGCGACGGGCGCCCUCGCGCGGUGUAGGAUCGAGUUCUUCGCGAGCGACUACACGGGCUUGUUCCGGCAAGGCGCGCGGACGGGCUUGAUUCGGUUCAGUACCGCGGUCGCGCCGCCGACGGGCGCCGCGUCAUUAGUACUGGGCAAGGCCAAGCACAGUAAGCUCUUCCCGCUCGUGGCGAUCAAAUGCAUGCGCGCCAACGGGCCGUCGGGCAAUUUGCUAUUUGCCGGCGCCAAGACGGGCCAGGCGGAACGCGACUUCUUCUCCCACGGCCUCUGCACGCAGCUCACGCGGAAAGUCCCGACGGCGGCGCAGCCCGCCCUGCGCGCCUUCGAGAAGUACUCGAAAUAUCCCCUCGCGUUGGGUCUGUCCGAGUUUGCGUCUCUGGACGAGGACGGCUGCGAUUUGUCGGGCGGCUGCGAGGAGCUCGGCGCGACGUUUCCGUGGGCCUUGCACCUCCAUCCACGCGUGGCGUCGCCGCCGCUACCCGAUGGAGCCCCAAACACCGCAUUUGUGGAUGCAUUGCUAGCGACGAUCGCGCCGGAGACCGUUCUCUACGACGUCUACGCGGCGGCGUCGCCGGACGCCGUCUCCGGUAAAGACGCGCGCGUCGAGCGCAUUGGCCGCGUCGUCGCGACGUCGGUGGCGAUACCCUCGCCGGCUGGGUCGCCGAUCGUGUUUCGCCACCAGGCCAAGGAGGACGACUACGCGCUGCGGCCCGAGUCCAGCACGGUGUCCCAACACAACCUGUUACUGGCGUCACUGAUAUUUCUACGCAUAGGUGGGCCUCGGACUUGAAGAAGCCUGUAAUUACACACGAUGGGGGCACCGGGACGGCUGGGAAGAACGUCGGCAGCAAGUUCUUCGAUGGUCUGAUCAAGGCCGGUCGCGUCGUCGACCGCGCGCCGUCGCGCCCCGCACCGCUGCGGCGCCAGCCGUUCGAGUGCCCCCUGGAAGGGCUGUGAUCGUAUUAACUAGAGUUCUUGUA